AUGAUCAGAUGUCGUCCAACCUUGAUCCUCUUGGAGGACAUAGAUUCUCUAUUCCCGAUAUUCCCACUGACAACUGACUUCGACAAACUGACCCUGGACGAACAGAGCCAUGACUUGGAUCUUUCAGCAACCGACAUUGACCUCUCAGCUCACGGUGACAGUAAGCUCUCCUACCAACUCGACAUCUCUUCCAGUCGCGGGAUGUUCGCAUCUCCAAGCCCAGCUCCACCAUCCAUAGCAUCCACCAAACCAUGGGAAUCCCUCCCAAUCCAACAGCUGCACACAUCCCCAAAGCCAAAGCCGCGUCCAGCGUCCCAGUCUAUCGACCCACCACGGCCAAAAGUGACAUUCGCGUUGUCACCGCAGGAGCAAGAGCUCCAUAGCGGCAGGGCGAAUCGUUCACCCGAAGAACAAGCAGAUGAUACCGAAAAUCGACUUUCAAACACCAAUACAGCCCUACAUGUGCUCGACUCGCCGGUCACGCCACAGCUUUCCUUCUUGUCGUGUGGUGUCUCGUCCAGCCCGGCCACCGCCAGCGUCCCACUCCGGGACCUAGUCUUAGCGUCUACGAUGUCUUACGAGGCAGCCUUGGCCGAGGAGGUCUCGCCCGUCUUGGGGGGUGUCGGUGAAGGCCAGCUUGUCUAG